CCGGUGGCUGCUGGAGUGUGUGAGGGCAUUCUUUCCCCAGCCAUAUAAUUUGCCAGUCACAGGCAGAGAUCAUUAACACAUGCCAUGCACGGAGCAUGAUCCAGAGGGCAACACCUGAGUUCUGCAUCCCGGGAAGACACGCUCGACCACCAAGCAUCCAGCCAGCCCAGGAGCUUCCCUGAUCGGCAUGUGGCCACCCAAAGGGGCAAGCUUCACCUCACUGCUCCCAAGGACUGGAGCCAUGGGCUUGACACUUUUCCAGCUGGUGAGCCCAGACCCGACCUGUGAAGAAAAUGAAACGUGUGUGGGCCAAGAUCAACAACCCCUGAGUGGCUGGUACAUCUGGUCCUUGAUGCUAAUCAUUCUGGUCACAAUCAUAUGCUGUAUGGUCCUGCUCUGCCUCCAGCAUUGGCUGAAGAGGUCUCACCCCUGUCUCCCUCAGCGCACUGUGGCAGUAUUUGCUGUCAAUGAUAUCGAGUCCAUUUCUGGCAGAGAAGCAGUCAUGGCUCCAACAGUAAGAGGUGACCUCCAUUCUCCAUACCCUGAGCUGCAUUCUCCAUCCUGUAUUGUCCCUUUGGGACCCCCACCUCCAUAUGAAGAUGCUCAGAAAACAAGCAGAUUGUAAUCCAGAGCAUUUUCCAUAAGGACCAAAGGUCAUUAUCGUCCACACAAUAGCCAACCCAUUGAAA